AUGCCGGCCUGCCUCGCAGGGAAGGAAGCUCUCAAUGGUGUGGUUGGGUCAGGGUCACCUAGGAAGGAAAUACAGGAUUUAUUUGAAGAAUGUGAAGAGCCCAUUAAGAACUUUCUUCAAGGAGACAGAGAAAGAUUCACAGCGAUCAUCAUGGCGUCUUUUGAAACCAUGGAGCAGAAAGUUGAGGAUGUCCUAAAAAUCCAGUGCGAACAAAGGCAGAAACUUUACCAAGACUAUUCUCUUCAGAUUAUGAAUUUGAAUAGGAAGUUAUCCAUGGAUGCAGAUCAAGUCAAGAAACAGGCAGAAAAACUCUCCAAUAUGUUUAAGGAGCAACGAAAAUUUAUUCAUCAGUCUCUGAUUCUUCAGAAGAAGAGAAUGGAAGGCUUUAAAUCACUGUGUGAACAAUACUUGGAGAAACUUGAGUUACUGAGGGAUUCUCGGGGAAAUUCUGUGGCUGAAGAGCUGAGACGUCUAAUAGCCACCUUGGAAAUAACACUUCUGAUGGUGAAUCGCCAGCAAGAGAGUGCUGCUGCUCAACAGUCUCUCCUGGAUCUGUUAUUCUCAUAAUACUUUGAGGAAACGAAAGUCGAUAGAAGGGGAGCGGUUGUUUCAUGGAAAUUCGCUGGGUGAAGCUCAUUGACGUUUGCAGCUUCAGUGACUACAUCUUCUUGCGUUCCCCUGUUCCUAAAGAUAAGCCCAAAUAAGCCCAAGGAUUUGUGUGACAGUAGUCCAAAGAUGUCUGUAUCAACCUCCAGCCCUCGGAAGUAAUGGCAAGGUUUUCUUUUCUUGGUAGCAUCAUAAUUAACAGUUAGCACUGCGUUGAUGUCGAUACAGUGGGGUCUCAUACCUCAGCAUCACUUUCAGGAAUCAGAAGGCACAAGAGUGGUCCAUCCCUGUCAUCUUCAGAGAAAUAAUUAAAGAAGACACACUCUUGCCAUUACAUCCUGCUAUUAAAUUUGUUCAGUCAUGGAGCCUAUGGGAAUGACCAUAACCUUCCAAAGGGAAUGUGCCCUGUAUACUUCAUAAAAGACUGUGCCCCAGAAUUAGUUAAACUGGUAGAAUUCAUUAAACCUCCCGAGUAAGAAAGAUGUGAGUAUUGUGACAUAAGUUUGUGAAACUGUCACUUUCAGACAAAAUUUACAAGGUCUUUCAAUUAAAUGGGGUCUGCUACCCAAUGUCAUCUGCCUGUCACAUCUUAAGAGUUGAUCCUUAGCACCUGUACAGCUCAGUUCCUCAUAGUUUAUGUAUUUCAUCCUUUGCAUGGAUAGGAAUAACUAGGAAUGUUUUGUUUUUCAAAUUUAUUGUGCACGUAGUAUGUGAGCAUCAGUGAUAUACUGAGGUCUUCUGUACAGUUAAAGCUCUUGUCCUGUGAUUUCCUUUGUGUAUACACACACACACACACACACACACACACACACACACACACACACACACCAUGGGAAAUCUUUACUUGGAAACAUUUGAUUUAAUAAACAUGAAA